CUGCUCAUACCAACAGCUGAAUUGCUGUCAACCACUAAUACUGUGGUUUUAAAGGUGACUGGUGAGCAAGGAACACCUGUUGAGCUCACCCAACAAUUCCAAGCUCCAAUUGGGUGUAGCUACAGAGUUGAGAAUGGACAGGUGACACUAGGGUGUACUGGUGGUCUUGAUCAGUUGUCCAGGAUCGAGUACAUUAUCAAUGGGCAAAAUUUCACUGUGUCUGGGUUCCCAAUCACCAUCAGCACCAGCCAGCUGUCCCAGUCACAGACCAACACAGUCAUCCUGAGACUGUUCACAUCUAGCAACACCCUCAUCACUACAACCACCUUCAACAUAGAACCCUCUCAAUUCGUGAGGUUCAGUGUGAGGUGCAGUGGGAGAUACAUUAGAGAGAGCUCUGGACUAGCUCUGGUGAUAUCCUGCGAAAAUACAUCAGACAGUACUCAGAGCAUAUCUUCACUGAGAUAUAGUGUCAAUGGUGGACCUGAACUGACAGCGACUGGAUCGACAUUCACAAUCAGAGACGGUCUGAGAACUGAUGGGACUAACACAGUGGAUAUCACAGCCAUUGGCAGCGAAGGAGCUCAGCUGGACAUCUCUACCAUCAACAUCCCUGCUCCUGUUGGGUGUAGCUACAGUGUUGAGAAUGGACAGGUGACACUAGGGUGUACUGGUGGUCUUGAUCAGUUGUCCAGGAUCGAGUACAUUAUCAAUGGCCAAAAUUUCACUGUGUCCGGGUUCCCAAUCACCAUCAGCACCAGCCAGCUGUCCCAGUCACAGACCAACACAGUCAUCCUGAGACUGUUCACAUCUAGCAACACCCUCAUCACUACAACCACCUUCAACAUAGAACCCUCUCAAUUCGUGAGGUUCAGCGUGAGGUGCAGUGGGAGAUACAUUAGAGAGAGCUCUGGACUAGCUCUGGUGAUAUCCUGCGAAAAUACAUCAGACAGUACUCAGAGCAUAUCUUCACUGAGAUAUAGUGUCAAUGGUGGACCUGAACUGACAGCGACUGGAUCGACAUUCACAAUCAGAGACGGUCUGAGAACUGAUGGGACUAACACAGUGGAUAUCACAGCCAUUGGCAGCGAAGGAGCUCAGCUGGACAUCUCCACCAUCAACAUCCCAGCUCCUGUUGGGUGUAGCUACAGUGUUGAGAAUGGACAGGUGACACUAGGGUGUACUGGUGGUCUUGAUCAGUUGUCCAGGAUCGAGUACAUUAUCAAUGGCCAAAAUUUCACUGUGUCCGGGUUCCCAAUCACCAUCAGCACCAGCCAGCUGUCCCAGUCACAGACCAACACAGUCAUCCUGAGACUGUUCACAUCUAGCAACACCCUCAUCACUACAACCACCUUCAACAUAGAACCCUCUCAAUUCGUGAGGUUCAGUGUGAGGUGCAGUGGGAGAUACAUUAGAGAGAGCUCUGGACUAGCUCUGGUGAUAUCCUGCGAAAAUACAUCAGACAGUACUCAGAGCAUAUCUUCACUGAGAUAUAGUGUCAAUGGUGGACCUGAACUGACAGUGACUGGAUCGACAUUCACAAUCAGAGACGGUCUGAGAACUGAUGGGACUAACACAGUGGAUAUCACAGCCAUUGGCAGCGAAGGAGCUCAGCUGGACAUCUCCACCAUCAACAUCCCUGCUCCUGGUAAUCUUCCGCUGGUUUUUAACCGUAUUACUUUCUCACUGGGACAACAUGUACUUCGCAUCGUAGCAGCGGACUCUGGAGGCUCAACCAGCACUUUCACAUACACCUUUGAAGGAAGGAGUGCACCAGAGCUCAUACUGACGGUGAACCCAACAUCAAUAAUUGUGGGUGAAGACGGUAGUGCCUCGGGUAACAUUGAGGUGACCAAAACUGGCUACUCGUUUGGUGAAGUCAGCUUCUCUCUGAUACCACUGACCUACUCUGAGUACACCAGUGAGGUGGAAGAUACCAGUGUGGAGGAAGAGCAGAACUUGGACACACUGUUUCCUCUACACCCCAUCACUCCUGCAUCCGCUGAUGAUUUCGAUGGCAGUGAGAGGAGCUCAUCAUUUCCAUCUGGUCUUGUGCAACAACCUCCGUUUGUGGUGUCAGGCAGAGGGCUGGCUGCAGCAGAUGGCGAGCCAGAGUUCACUGAGGGAUUCGUCUUCUACCUCAAGGUUGACAGAGACAGUCUUCACGAGAGUGACCGCGACAGACUGCAAAUAGUCAACCCCGUCGUCCUGGUUACCAUCAGAAACAACAACCUUCCACUGACGUGCCAGUUGACUGGAAAUCCACUGCAGAGUCUGACGGUCAGCUGUAAUGGAGAUGUUCCAUCCAACAUCAUAAUCUCCACUCUCCAGUGCCGCUAUGAUGAUAUCUUGACUAACUGCUCCACUCUACCAGUUACUAUCAACACCGUCUCAUCGUCAAGUGGGAGACACAAUGUCAUCAUCUCAGGGAAUGCUACCACUGGAGAGAUUGUGGCUGUUGGAGAAGCUACCUUCACUGUACCAGACAUCGACCUCUACUUCACAAACAACACCCCACUGCUGGAGGGAGGGACAGUGUAUGCAGAGUUUGUAGCUGACAGACCAGGACUAGAGUUCUACUGUCAUCUCACCCACCUGGACGAACCUCAGUUCAGGGAAGACUGUUCCAAUGGAUCCUACAGGAGAACAGGGAUCCCAACAGGAGACUUUACUCUGAGAGUGAUAGCCUACGACCCACUACGAGAAGACAAGGCUGUCAUCCGCAGCAGACUCUGGGUCCACAGUACUGACCCCGACGACCUCUACUGCAUCAUGUACCUCCUCAACAGAGGCUGGAGUGUGUCUGGGACGACUUUCUCUGUGGAUUUCACUGGGACUGGAGCUGCCAGUGCCAGCAACAACGGUCGUUUUGAGUGCUCGGUUAACAGAAGGGAGCCUCAGCCAUGCACGAGUCCCCUGGUACUGACAAACCUUGUUCCUGGGGCCAGGUACCACGUGAGGAUCCGCCCCACUACCUGUGGCAGCAAGUACAGAGUCUGGACCAAAAGAUUCACUGUUCCUGGGCCGUAGUCCUCUCUUCCACACUCCUACUACUGACUGUUAUAUUUUGUAUUGUAGAUAGCUAAGAGGACUCUUUCAGGCUUAUAUUUUGUAUUAUG